AUGAAUACUACUACACAUAAUAUAAUAUACAACACAAGAGCCUCCAAUUGGUACAAUAAAAGAAAAUAUAUUAACAAUUCUGCUUUAUUUUCUUCAAAAUAUUCCAAGGACUCGCCAAAAUAUUUAGUCAGUUUAAUUAAAUCAAUUAAUCCGAGUUUGGACAUAGGUGACGAUAUUACUGACAAAACAAAAUUAGCAUAUUAUGCUUUGGUGUCCCUUUUUGUGAAAAAUUAUAUUUCCUCGUGGUAUGAAACAAAAAUAAAUAGUAAUAAUACAGAUUUCAUUCAAAGUUUAUAUAUUGAAUUUUUUGAGCCAUUAUACAAUUAUAUUCAUGAUCGUUCUUGUAGAGUGGAUUGGAUCAAGAUUUUUUUGGAUGAUAUUCCCUUCAUCAUGGAAACUCAACAUAACAAUUAUGAUUUAAAAAUGGUUGAUUAUUAUUUAAGGAAAAAUGUUGAAUCAUCCUUAGAACAAACUUUUCUACAUUCUUUAUUUAAGGAUUUUAUUUUAACUAAAUUAUUGAAAACAAUUUUAGAGCCUAAUGUUAUUUUCCCUGUUUUAAACAAGUUAUUAGCAUCUUUAACGUUAUUAGAAUAUAGACCAAAACUUGAUAAGCAACGCCCAAAUGUUUUUCAAAAAAUUUGGAAAUCAAUUGCGUUCGUUUUUAAUUCAAUUAAAGAGAAUGACACUACCAUUACUACCCCUGACAAAGGUUCUGUUCAUUCAAUUUUACAGCGACACAUCUUUGUAAGCUUAAUUAAAAUACUAAAUUUAACCGAGAAGAAGCCGUUGGUUUAUGGAUUUUAUAAAUGGAUUCAACAAAUAAUUAUUACAUACACUAAUAUAGACCAAAUUUUGUACGCUUCAGUGAAACAAGAGGUUUUGGAAAAAGUUUCAAUAUAUGAUUGGCUAAUUCAACUUAGACACAUACUUUUCCCGCAUGACGAUAUUAUACUUAAACCAGGAAAUAUUAUAUACGAUAUGGACAAAUUGAAAUCCACUUGCAAGGACAAUCUUUGCUUGAUUAUAGAUAAAUAUCAUUUAACCACCUUAUUAGGCAUCAACAAACAAGACGAUCUCAAUAAAAUUGUUGAUGAGUUUAUUGCUGACCCAGAAAACUUACAAGGCCAUAUUUAUAUAAUUUUAGAUUGUAUUGCCGCCUCAUUCGAAGAGAACUGUACCCCAGGAGUCGUCUAA